UUUUUAUUAUUUUUGUUUAGCAUAUUUUUUUAUGCUAUUCACAAUUUUUAGAAUAUUAAAUAUUUCAAAAUUUGUGUCUUGUUGAGACUACUACCGAUAUGCCGAGACAGAUGUCGAACGGUUUGGGCCAUGACUUUGAACCAUGGUAUACACCUUUGCAAAGUUGUUUCUUAAUUAUUUGAGUUCCCAAUUUGGAUUCGGAGUGUCGAACAAUUGAAUUAACAUUCCUGUAAGGAGCAUUCAUUUCUUGAUUUGGAAUAGGAUCAAGCUUUCCUUCAUUUACCCGUUUCCAGGAAGGAAAAAAUUAAGUUUGUUUGUUUGCUUCAUCAUUGGCUCUUUUGCCUCUUUGUAUUAGAAGUCUCGUUAUAUUUAACUAAUCCUCUAUAAUAAGGGAAUUAACAUCAGUUCUCGGGAAGAAAGUUGUUUUUGCAUAUGCUUAUAAAACAUGCUACGUAAUUAACUUGGUAGAGUUAUCUCACGUCUUUUACAAAUUUCCUCUUCGUUGUCCUCCUUUUUCGGGUUUCUAAAUAUUCGAAAAAAUUUAGUGAUAUAUUAGAAAACCCUCAUUGGCUGUAACCUUAAAAUAUCCUCUCUCUUUUCUACUGUUCUUCUCUAUUGGCUUUGUCAUGGAGCCACAGGCAGCUCCUCCUUCACAAGCAAGCCUUCUGCUUCAAAAACAGCUCAAAGAUCUUUGCAGGAAUCCGAUAGAAGGAUUCUCAGCGGGUUUGGUGGAUGAGAGCAAUAUGUUUGAAUGGAGUGUUACCAUCAUGGGGCCUCCUGGUUCACUCUACGAUGAAGGCUAUUUUAAUGCCAUUAUAAGCUUUCCAAAGGAUUACCCCGUCAGCCCUCCAGCAGUGAAAUUUACAUCGGAGAUAUGGCAUCCAAACGUAUAUCCUGAUGGAAAAGUUUGCAUGUCGAUUCUUCAUCCGCCCGGUGAUGAUCCAUACGGCUAUGAGCAUGCAACUGAGCGCUGGAACCCCCUUCAUACCGUUGAAAGCAUAGUCCUGAGCAUCAUAUCGAUGCUUUCUAGCCCGAACGACGAGUCUCCUGCGAAUGUGGAUGCUGCAAAGGAGUGGAGAGGCCAGAGAGACCAAUUCAAGAAGAGAGUGAAGCGUUGUGUUAGGAUGUCUCAGGAGAUGUUGUGAAAUUAUGCGUGCAGUUUAAGAUAUUACAGUUGAUUAGGCACAUACAUUGAGGUUUCUUUUGCUAUCUUGAUAACUAAAAAGCACUACUUUGCCUUGUUUUUCUUCUAUAUGAAUGGAGAUUCUUUUGCACUUGGUUAUUCUUGAUAUAUUAUGGGUUAUUUAUCAUGUUCAUGUGUAUGCUGUUUCUGCUUUUCAAGUUCAAAGUUUAAUUCAACAAUGAUAAUACAAUCUUGUUAAUGCCCUCUCAGAGGAGCAGACCAGGUCUAAAAGUGUCUUUAACUCUGAAACGAAAAAUACAGGUCCACUCGAAAGGAUAUAAUUGAAAAUCAAGAAUUACUGCUAAAUUCAUGCCUCCUGAAUAGCUAGUUUUGCAUGGCUAAAGAGAUCAUUGGGCUGUUCCAUUUAAAUAAUUGACUGCAUCACAA